AUGUCUGGACAACCAGACUUUACUGUUUCUGCUCAGCUCAAAUCUUGGCUCUUCUCAGCAAUAGCGGAAUGGAUGCCCAAGGCUAUUGCAGCUUAUCAUGAACAAGCUAAACCUGUGUCCAAGCCACAUGUUGCGCUGAAUAUUUCCGACUAUGAUGAGUCUCAUAAUGAUUCUGACCAUGACGGGGUCCUGCGCAAGCGUCCCUGGAAAGGCAACAGUGCCCCAGCCAGUAAAGGCAAGGCACCAGCCAAAAAUCCCAGAUUGUCUUAUUCCUCCAUGAGCCAUCCCAUACUCGACCCCUUGGAGGCUUCAACAUCGCAUCACAACCUGCAAGUCGUGAAUGAGUACUGCGCAGGGUACUCUGAUGAGGAAGACCAAAGCAAUACUCCUUAUAUCAAGGAGUACUUUGUUAAUUAACCGUUGGUGCAGACCCCUGUUAAUCCUUCCCAAAACAAGGAUCAACCACCAGACAUCAUGUUGGAUGCUAGUUGCCAGCCCCUGAUUGAUCAUCCUAUGAUCAUCAAACAUCCCCGCUCUGCUGAAUAUGCACCACUGGACCAUAUAGCCCAAUUCUGCAGACUGCGGCUCCGGAAACCUCUAGAGAAAGAGAUUUGAAACAAACUACAGGCAGAAUGCCCUCAUCCUACGAUACCAGAUAA